CUGAAGCCAAGUAAGACUAAACAACAGAUUUUGGUCAUAAUGACAACAAAAGUAGUUUAAUUCUAGAGAACAGAGGUGGGAAAGUGGUCCUAUGGAAAUGGCUGUGUUUGGAACAUAAAGCCACACAACCGUUAAAGCGAACCUCAGGGGGGAAAGAUCAGCCAAUCAGAACAGAAUCUGUUUACAUACACUGGUUUUAUUCAAACAGCAACAACACGGGCAAGGAGGGGUGGAAAACGGUCAUGAACGAAUUCGUUAUGACGAUUACAUACGCUAUGGGCCCUUUAAUAAAAACGACCUCACACCAAUGCCGGUAUUUUAGGAUCAAUCUGAAAAUAAAGCCGAACUGCUGUGCAGCUCCAGCGCUCUGCUCAAACUUCCUGCACAGCCAGCUCAGCGUGCGCGUGGCCGCCCUCGUGUCUGCUCGGUGUCCUUGGAAACGCCAGCGCGCAGCUCCAGCUCUGACAGCUGCACAGUCCGCUCGCAGACUACCUAGCUAACUGCUUAACCCCCCACCCCCUGUUUAAAAUCGCCCUAGAGGGGCUCGUCUGACCCACAAAACUCUUAAAACAGUGGUCAGCCGGUCAGGAUGUCCACUGAAGGAACGGAAAAAGCAGGCUGUGCUAGUGGGGAUGACGAGGAGUGGCUUUAUGGAGAGAAUGAUGAAGAUGAUGCUAAUCCUGUUGAUGAUGAUGAUGAGAAGACAGAGACUGAGGUUUUCAGCGCGCUAAUCGGGGACGUGGAAGGUGUUAAUGGAGUGGGAAGGAAGGACGGUGAUGCUCAGAGUGACUCGGACAGCGAUGAUGAUGAUGUGUGCGUUACCAUUGGUGAUAUAAAAACGGGUGGCAGCCAGGCCAUCACUCCUGUCAAUAUCAUAAUAAAGACCUCUGACAGAGCCAGCUUGUCAGGCACAAAGGUCAGAGGAGUGGAUCUGGAUGCUGAGGACAGCGUCAAUGGCACUCUGCUGGGCGCGGAUGUUGAGUCAUUUGAGGAGAAGCCAUGGAGGAAACCAGGUGCUGACCUGUCAGACUAUUUUAAUUAUGGCUUCAACGAGGACACCUGGAAGAUGUAUUGUGACAAACAGAGGAGACUGCGAAUGAGCAUGGAGGUCAUGACCUUGGGCUCCUCCAGUAAAGUCGUUGUGAAUCGUGGUGAUCUCUCCUCUAAAUCUGAUUACUCCUGCAGGAAGUUGAACAGCUCCAUCAGUGUCAUUGGAGGACAGACAGGGACCAUCAGUCGUGUGGAAGGACGAAGACGUCACACCUCAGAUGAGAGCAACGCACAGGUGAAGCCCUCCUCUGAGCAGUCCUCGGAUGCUGAGCUGCAGCCCCCCAAACUGCAUCAUUUCUUUCCUCCCAACAUUCCUCCUCCCCCAUUCCCCCCUCUCUCCAUCAGCACCACUUCCCCUCUCAUACCACCACCUCCUCGACUGCCCACGACUGUGCUGCCACUUGGUUUCCCUGUUCCUCCUGGAGUGCCCUCUCCUCCUCCCAUGAUAACUUCACUAGACAGUGCUCGUUCAAGAGGAAGCCAUUCCGCCCCAUUGUACCGCUUUUCUGCAGGUGUGUACCCACCACUGAUGAGUGCUAUGGCCUCCUGGCCUAAUAUGUUGGACAGUGCCAAAGCGUGGGAAUACUACACUCGUCACGACAAAAAGAGGGAGAGAGAGAAAGAGAGGGAGAGACCCCGAGACAGAGACAGAGAUAGAGACAGGGAGAGGGAUCGACAGCGUGAACAAGAACACACACCUUCAAUGCAAAGCCGCAGCAGUGAUGAAGAGAGUGUGCGGCACAGGGAUCAUAGUGAUCGGGAGAGAGAGAGGCAUCGGGAACGUGCUGGUGGAACAGGAGAGAGAGAGGACAGAUACAGAGAGAGGAGACACAGGGAGCGCAGCGAACGGCAUAAAUCCUCACGCAGCAGCUACAGUAGGAGGAGGCACGCUAGUGACGAUGGAGAGAGCCACAGGAGACACAGACACAAACGCUCCAGACGCAACCGAGACAGCACAGAGCCCAGCGAAGAGCGCAGCGCUGAACACGAAAACCAAUCAGAGCCCACUGAAUAAACCCUCAGGCCGCCUAGCUUUA